UUCUUCUACUGAAGCCCAAAAAUGAGUCUCUGCUAAAUUUGAGGCUGGGCACAAGUCACGACCCAGCUUCAAACUGAAGCUGCGGACCCUAUUUUUGGCGGCAAGACCAAAUACAGCCUAAAGCCAAGUAGCUAACGCAGUUGAUCACUGAGGGUUAAGCUCAAGCUGAAGCAAUGGGAGAAGAAGAGCAGCGUCGCCAACCCCAUUCGCCCAACCCAGACACAGAAAUUACCGAAAACCCAACGGAGCAAGACUACGCUUGGCCUGCGAUUCGGUUCGAUGUUCCUCCACAGAGAACCUACCACUUCUGCCACCAGUUCAGAGCUUCUCCAAACCCCAACAACUUUCUCAAGGGCGUCAAAUGGUCUCCAGAUGGGUCGUGCUUUCUUACCAGUUCCGAGGACAAUAUGCUUCGUGUUUUCGCAUUACCAGAUUAUGGGAGUGAUAAUGUUAACGCGUGUUCUGUAGCUGCUGAUGAAGCUGCAGAUUCCUAUGCUGCAAACUGUGUUGUGAAUGAGGGAGAGUCCGUAUAUGACUUCUGUUGGUACCCAUACAUGUCUGCUUCAGACCCAGUUACCAGUGUUUUUGCAACAACAUCUCGUGACCAUCCAAUUCAUCUUUGGGAUGCUUCUUCUGGGCAGCUACGUUGCACAUAUCGUGCUUAUGAUGCUGUGGAUGAAAUCACAGCUGCCUUUUCAAUUGCCUUUAAUCCCACUGGAACGAAGAUUUUUGCUGGAUACAACAAAUCUGUUAGGGUGUUUGAUUUACAUCGUCCUGGUAGGGAUUUUGAACAGUAUUCAACUGUUCAAGGAAACAAAGAAGGCCAAACUGGUAUAAUGUCUGCAAUGGCUUUUUGUCCAACCCAUAGUGGAAUGCUAGCUAUAGGUUCUUACAGCAAGACUGCUGCAAUAUAUAGAGAAGAUAAUAUGGAACUCUUAUAUGUAUUGCAUGGUCAUGAAGGUGGGAUUACACAUGUCCAGUUUUCAAAGGAUGGAAAUUAUUUAUAUACUGGAGGCCGGAAGGAUCCUUAUAUACUAUGCUGGGAUAUGCGCAAAGCUGUUGAUGUUGUGUACAAGUUAUACAGGUCAUCAGAAGAUACCAACCAGCGAAUUCUGUUUGAUAUUGACCCACUCGGCCGACAUCUUUGUACAGGUGGCCAGGACGGUAUUGUUCAUAUCUAUGAUCUUCAAACUGGACAAUGGGUAUCAGGCUUCCAAGCUGCAUUGGAUACUGUUAACGGAUUCUCUUUUCAUCCUUUUCUGCCCAUGGCUACAUCUUCUUCUGGGCAGCGAAGAUUUGUUGGUCCUGAUGAUGGCAAUGAGGAAUUGCAUUUAAGUGGUGAAGAAAACUGUGCUUCUGUGUGGAGUUUCUCUGUUGCUUCAGUGGUGGAGAAUGAUGUUAACAUUGACGGUGAUGAUCAUAACAGCCAUAACCUGCACCAAGAUCCCUAGUCGUAUUACAAUAGCUUCUGUCCAACGAAGUGUGCACUCGAUAAUCCCUAUGAGCUUCGGUUACAUUUACAGCUUGGCCUGUGCAUCAUUUGCCUAAUUGUUGUAUAUUAAUUGUAUUACAAGGUUGCAAACAAGAUCAGUGCACCUAUAUGUAAAACACAAUUGUUUGAGCUCAAUUUUGAUGGGUGUAUCGUACAUUUCGACUUCGAAGCUUCUGCUGACUGAACUAA